AUGCGUUCCGAUCUCUUCGUUCUGGGACUUGCUUCCCUCACUGCUCUGGUCUCUGCAGCACCAGUCGAGUCCAUCCAAAAGGAAGAGAGACAAAUCCUCCCUUACAAGAUCACCACUUUCAAGCGCGACAAUGUAGAGUCGCGGGACAACGAGGAAAGACAGAUCCUGCCCUACAAGAUCUCCACCUUCAAGAGGGAUGAGAUGGAAGCUCGAGACAACGAGGAGAGGCAAAUCCUUCCCUACAAGAUCUCGACCUUCAAGCGCGAUGAGGUCGAGGCUCGCGACAAUGAGGAACGGCAGAUCCUUCCCUACAAGAUCUCUACCUUUAAGAGAGACGAGGUUGAGUCGCGGGACAACGAGGAGAGACAGAUUCUCCCUUACAAGAUCUCCACGUUCAAGCGCGAUGAAGUUGAGGCUCGCGAGAAUGAGGAGAGACAGAUUCUCCCCUACAAGAUCAGUACUUUCAAGGCCUGA